AUGCCUGGAGAGGGUCCUGAGGGGGCCGCGCAGAUCUACGUCCCUCCUUUACUCGAAGAUGAUGACCGUCUCGUUGACCCCGAAGCUUCCGAAGACCUACCGCCGCCCGAUGUCGAGACAGGCAUACUCCCCGUCUGGUUACAGGAGUCGUCCAAGUCAUUUCGCUGGGGAUGGGUGCCGCUGCCGAUCAGAAAGGUCGGCCGCGCCACCGCCAAUUGGGUGAAAGGCCCCGAUCCGCCGCAUGUGCUACUUUUGAAGCCGCUGUUUCCCCGCGUUCAGGAACUGCCGGUCCAGUAUCUCGACCGCUUGUUGCCCAAGCGCAAACAUAAGACGCUUCUUCUAUUGUUACUUUAUGUAUCGUGGUUCCUACCUUGGUUUUUGAUCUUGCUGCAUUCGCGCUCCUCUGGCUAUAUCGAAGGGUACGGUCGGCCUCAGACCUUAUCGUGUUCUUCAAACUUUUGGGAGUUCGACAAUGGAUGUGGCAUGAAUGGAAAUGACUGUCGGCCAUUUUCGUCCUCGAGUAUUCCCUUCCGGUGUCCCGCGAAUUGCCGCGAUACCAUACUUUUGGAGCCUCAUACAGUGGGGAAUCAUACAUAUAAUUACCAAGCGCUAGUCAUUGGAGGCCCGCAAGAGGACUCCUCUGAAUCAGCGCUCUAUCGUGCUGAUAGCUUUGUCUGCCAGGCAGCGAUCCAUGCCGGUGCCAUCUCGAAUGACGGCGGCUGCGGCGUCGUCAAGCUCGAGGGCGCAGCGCACUCGUUCCCUUCGGUCAAGCGACAUGGAAUUCUAUCUGCGACGUUCCCGUCUACUUUCCCAAAGGCUUUCAGUUUCCUUCGACUCUCAUCACCACAGGCAAGCUGCCCCGCGGAUCCACGCUGGACGCUCCUAGGAAUCACUGCCGCCGCUAUUGGCGUCCUAUGGCUGUUCUGCACAUCUCCGCCAGUUUUGUUCUUCAGUUCAUUCUUCAUGGUGUUCUGCCACACGGGACUUGUGGGAGAUCCCCCUUCCGAUCCUUUCCUCGCCGAACUUGUCUCUAGCCUUCUGUCUCGGCUUCUGCCAGCAUCGUUUGUUGUCUAUGUUCUCUACAAGUUUUGCGCGGCACCUCUGCUCCGACCAAUCAGUUCACCAGUUUACCAACUUUCGAAGAUGUUCCUCUUCCUACCCCCGCUUUUCAUCGGAGCUCUGAACAACUAUACAUUUGCCCGUUUGAUUCCCUUGAAGCGCCUUACCCCCAUGGAUAUCCAAAAGCAGCCCGGGGCAAAGCUUGCUCUGGCAUUCGUCAUCCCUAUUGUGCUCUCGAUCGUUCUGACUCAAGCGUGGCAGAUCCGCCAGGGAGGAUUGCUGCCACGCUACUUGAAGAUCUACGGCACCAUGGCACUGAUUAUCCUAGUUCUGCUUCCUCUGCCUGGCCUUCGCUUACGCAUUCAUCAUUACAUCUUAGCGAUCUUGCUUAUGCCUGGUACCGCGUUCCCCACUCGCCCGUCACUUGUGUACCAAGGCUUACUGCUGGGUCUGUUCAUCAACGGAGUUGCUCGAUGGGGAUUUGCUUCCAUCAUCGAGACCCCUGCAGCUCUUGGGGAGCAACUGCCCAACGGAGAUGGGGUAAAUGGCUGGUGGGGCGCAACUUACCCCAACGUCACAAGCUCUUCUGUCAAGAUUUCUUUACCAGAGUCGGAAGACACUUACCGUGGCAACGGUAACAUCACUUUCGCUUUAUGGGAAGAUGAGCGCAUGUCAAAGCUUGCCGUGGACGGCAUCUCGGUUCUUCUGAACGAUGUUGAGCGCUGGCGCGGUUACCUUGAUGAAGACAAGGCGGGCGAAUUCACCUGGCACCGUCAUGGCCAUGAUGGCCUAGAAUUACAGACUAGCCCUCGUCUGGUUACUCGUGGUGUGGACACUAUUGAGGAAUCGCAAUCGCGCUUGUUGGGUGACGACAGCUCCGACGCUGAACCCGAUGAUCUGUUUUUCCGCUUCGCAUUCUUGCGAGGCGCCGAGGCUGGCAUAUACGGACCAGCAGGCGUAUGGCUCAGCGACGGUACUUGGUGCUCCCCCAAACCUCCUAAGGCAUAA